CCAGGUGUACCUAAUAAACUGGCACCUCUUUGUACAGUGAUGGUAAAUUCCGUAAACUGCGACUCCCGUCGGUCCUUGCGUCAUUGUGUCAACAUGGCGCCUGUCUGCCGGACAAAAGGCGAAUCUGUUUGACGGUGGAUUGAAACCCAAUUAGAAACAGAGGAGACAUUUUGGGAAAACUGUCAGUGUCCGUGUGUCCCGGCGCCCCAAGGCAAAGGAUACAUGGUAACAUUAACAUCUGUGGAGGCUCUUAGACUGGAAUAUUAAGGAUGUUCCAGCAGUGUGAGGAGCCUCGUUUCACCAUUGAGCAGAUUGACCUCCUCCAGAGGCUACGGAGGACAGGUAUCACACAGGUGGAGGUCCUCCACGCCCUGGACACCCUGGACCACCUGGACCGCCAACAUGGACACAAGUUGACCCAUAAGCCUCCCUACAUGCCUCCCUCGUCUUCCUUGUCCUCUUCCAGCGCCGUCGUCGCCUCUUCUUCCACGACUUCCACCGCCACUCAGACAAGUUUCCCUAACAACCGACUCUCCCCGUCACCCAAUAACAACUUCGACACCGCCUCCCCGCUUCUACCGAUUCCAGUAGCAUCGCCUGUCGCCAUGGCAGCGGUAGUCCAGAACGGCCUAGUUGCUGUCACCAACGGGAAGCUGUCUCCUCCCCGGUUUCCUCUUGCUGUUGUGAGUGGCGGUGUCACAGCGCCAGGCUACGGGUUCGAGACCAGCGAAGAGGACUUAGAUGUUGAUGACAAGGUGGAGGACUUGAUGAGGAGGGACAGUGCUAUGAUCAAAGAAGAGAUUAAGUCCUUCCUGGCGAACAGGCGGAUCUCCCAGGCUGUGGUCGCUCAGGUAACGGGGAUCAGUCAGAGUCGGAUCUCCCACUGGCUCCUACAGCAGGGAUCAGACCUCAGCGAGCAGAAGAAAAGAGCCUUCUUUCGCUGGUACCAGCUGGAGAAAAGCAACCCUGGUGCCACUCUUGCUAUGCGAGCCGCCCCAUUGGCUCUGGAGGAGGUGAUGGACUGGCACCAAGCCCCGCCUCCAUUUGGCUCGGCCCCCGGGGGCUUCCGCCUGCGGCGAGGGAGCAGAUUCACCUGGAGGAAGGAGUGUCUGGCUGUUAUGGAGAGCUACUUCAUUGAUAACCAGUACCCCGAUGAAGCCAAGAGAGAGGAGAUUGCCACCGCCUGCAACGCUGUCAUUCAGAAACCAGGAAAGAAGCUGUCCGAUUUGGAGAGGGUAACAUCUCUGAAGGUCUACAACUGGUUUGCCAACCGCCGCAAAGACAUCAAGAGGCGUGCUAACAUUGAAGCAGCCAUCUUGGAGAGCCACGGCAUCGAGGUUCAGAGUCCAGGCGGUCAGUCCAACAGUGACGAGGUGGAUGGCAACGACUUCCCCGACCAGGGUUGUGAGGUGUCCUUAUUUGACAAGAGAGCUUCAGCAAGGCACUUUGGUUUCAGUCGAGCUGACCUGUCCUCUCCAACCCAGGUACCCACAAUGCUCCCCAGCUGGUUUUCUGCCCUGGGUAGAGGAGGCUUGUCUGGACAGAGAGGCACUUCUCUGAUUGGCCGAUCCCUUGUGUCGGGGUCCGGCCCUCAGGCAGAAGGUUCCAGAUUGACAGGCGUGUCCUGGUCUCCCCCCUCGCCCUCCCUCCAGGACGAACCUGCGCUGUCCGAGCCCCAGGACCCAAUCGGUUUGGAGAAGACGGAUGUCAAUCACAGCAACCAAGCCCUAGCCAAUCAGGUGGAUGCGGCAGGGCGCGGUAUUGGGAAUGACAUCAAGACGGAAACGCUGGAGGACGACUGAAAUGGGUGCUGGAUAUUGGAGUAGUCAGAGUGAUGAAUGGAACAGGAUCAGAGGUGUGUUAAUAUGCAAGCAGAUUUU